CUUUCCUCUCUACAAUCAUCAAUGAAGAAACUUGGAUUGGUUUGAAUGACAAAGAACAGGAGGGAACAUGGAGAUGGGUAGAUGGUACUCCACCGACUCUGAUGUACUGGGCAUCGAGUCAACCUGAUGAUGGUGGAGAUGAGGACUGUGCUUAUGUCAGGAAUCACGGCAAAAAUUCUUGGAUGGANUUUCGAUGUUCAGCUUCUUUUCAUUGGAUCUGUGAAAAAACACUAAACUGCAAAAAGACAUGUUCUGGAGGAUGGAGCGAGUUCAACUGUAACUGCUAUAUCCGGUCUCAAAGCUCUGGUUCCUGGGAUGCAGCCAGAAAGGACUGCAGAGACAGAGGAGCAGACCUGGUGGUUGUUGACAGCCCUGAAGAACAGACCUUUCUCUCUACGAUCACCACAAAAAGAGUUUGGCUUGGUUUGACUGAUGAAGAACAGGAGGGAACAUGGAAAUGGGUGGAUGGAACUCUACUGACUCUGUCGUACUGGGGAUCGACUCAACCUGAUAAUGGUGGAGAAGAGGACUGUGCUCAUGUCUACAGUGGUGAGGACAUGACCAUGAAUGACUGUUCAUGCUCAAAUUCUCUUAAAUGGAUCUGUGAAAAAGCUCCAGACUACUGUAUCGUUUCUUGAAGAUUUUUUACUUGUUACUUCAGUGGAGACUUUCAGAGAGAAAUUAUUGAACACCAGCAUAGCUGCGUAUGUUUAAAUUUUGGGUUUCUGUUUGGGUUUUUUUGCAGUGUUUUAAAGUUUUGAUUUUUGUGUUUGUUAACAAAGUAUACUAACUUUGUGUUAGUCAAAUGUUACAUGGAAAUGGACAAUGAGACAAAACAUUUUGAGCAUGCAAUUUAUUGAAAACAAAGCUUAUACUGUAUGGAACUGUUGUCCUUUUUUUAAUAAAUUUCCCUUG